AUGGAUUUAGAUGACUUAUUAGAAUGUUUAGAAGAGAAGACAAACACAUUAUUUUGCAACAACAUAACCAAUGAUUCUAAAGAAAUUGUUACUAAUGAAAAUACUAAUAAUGUUUCAAAAGAUUCUAAGAGUAUUAAUUUAUCACAACAAGAAUACAAAUCACAACUUGUUCCAUCAAAAGAACUGAAAGAUGAAACUGAAAAUCAUGAUGAUGAUAAAAAUAAUUUAAAUCACAAUUGCACUUUUCAAGAUGAUGAACGAAUCGAUGAAAUAUAUUUAAAAAAUAACAUUAACGAGGAAAAUAAAAAUGAAGAAAAAUUACGAAAAGAAGAUUAUAUUUUUAAAGUACAAGAUUGUAAUGUCAUACCAAAGAAAGCUGAUGUAUUAACUGAAGAAGAUAAAUCUUCAUUAAAAGAUGAUGAAAAUUGUUGCAGCACAAUCAGAUCUGAUUUAAUAACAUCUUCUCUUGUUAAUGAUAGUAUUUCAACAAAUAUUAAUACUGAUAAUUUUUGUCAAGGUAUAAAUGAAAAGACAUCACCAAUAGAUGACAAAAUUUAUGAAGAAGUUAGUGUUAUGAUGGAUAAAAUUUUGGAGGAUGCUGCCAAGAUUGCUGCAGAGAAAAUUGUUGAAGAUACAAUUAAUUUAAGGAAAACAGAAGUAACAAAUUGUGAUAAUUUAUUAUUUAAUGAUAUUGAUCCCAAAGAAAAAAAAAUUGUUAAUGAAAAAGAUACAACUUUACAAACAUCCGAUUUAUAUUUUAAUUCAGUUAAUGGAGAUAUUUAUAGUAGUAUUGAUUCUUUAAAAAAGAAAAAAAGUCAAAUUGUUCAUGAACAAUCUGUUACUUGUAAUGAUAAUUUAAGUAGUCAUUCGGUAAAGUCAACUAAAAACGAAUUAUCAGGAGGCCUUGAUUAUAUUAAUGGUAAUGAGAUAUCUACCAUAGAAUCUAAUGAUACAGAAAAAAUACCAGAAAUAAUUAAUGUUAAUAAAAAUAUAAGUAAUAUAACCAAUAAUAAAACAUUAGAGGAACUAGUUUCAAUGAAAAAUGAAAAUGUAUUGGAAGAGUGUGAAAUGGAUAAUGAACUUAUUUCUUCAUGUGAUGACGUAAUCUAUACAACGAUCGAUGAAGUAGAAGAUCAUUAUAUUUCAAGUGACAAAGAUAAACAACAAGAAAAUGAUAAUAUGUUUACAAAUACCAAUUCGUCAACAUUUUAUGACAGUUCUUCAAAUAUUAUGGGAGAAUUUAUGCGUUUAUCUAAUGAAUCUCAAUCAGAGUUAGAAAAUAAUACAUCUCAAAAUAGUUCUGUUAGACCAACAAGUGUUGUAGCAUCAACACAUUAUAUAACUUCUGAUUUUAAUACUGAUAUACUUACUGAAAGUGAAAGAUUACUUGGAAAAAUUGAACCUGUAUGGAUUGAUGAUAAGGAAGCUGAUAGUUGUAUGUUAUGUAAUACAAAAUUUUCAAUUAUAUUACGAAGACAUCACUGUAGAUCAUGUGGAAGAGUAUUAUGUAAUUCAUGUUGUAAUCAAAGAAGAAGUUUACGUUUUGCAAAUGAUGAUACAAAGAAAUUUAGAGUAUGUGAAUCAUGUAUUAAAACAAUAAAUAGAGUUGAAGAAAUAGAAAAAAGAGAAAGAGAACAAUUUUCAAUGAAUAGUUUACAACAUGAUGCAGAACUUUUAGCUGCUUCAUUGAAUGAAAAUAUUACUAAUAGAUGUGAUGAUACAACAUCUGUUAGUCCUGGACCAUCUGGUAUUCCCCCAAAACAUAAAAAAUCAGUUUUAAAAGUUAAAAAUAAUGAAAAACAACAAGUAGAUGGUAGUAAUAAUGAACAACAAUCUCAAGGAACAAGAAGAAGUGUAACAUUUUUAGAUGGUGUAGCACCAGGUGAAGGUGAAGAUAAUGAACAACCACAAGCAUAUAAUUCAUUAUUAAGUCAAAGAAGAGCACUUAAAAAAAUAAAAGGUAAAAGUGGACCCGCUUCAAGAAAAAUGAGAGAAACAAGGAUAGAGGAAGAAAAUAUUUCAUUAUUAACAAAAGAAUACUGUGUUAUUGUAGAUGAUGAUUAUAUACUUCAUAAAAAAUCAUAUAAAGAAAUGGAAAUAAAAUUAAAAGAAUAUGAAAGAAUAACAAUUGCUUUACGAAGAAAUAUUCAUAUUAUUUUACAAUAUAAAAAUUUAAAUGAAUUUAAUUGUAAGCAUGGUAUAUCUUUAUAUACAAAAGGUUUUACAACAUUAGGAAUUGAAGAAAUAUUAUUAAUAUGGGAAAUAAGUGAAGAUGAUGUUGAAAAUUUAAAAAUUCCAUAUGAGAUGUUAUGUGUAAUAGAUGAUAUUAUUGAAAAUUGUAUUGAUAGUCGUUGUAGUGAGGAUAAUGAUAAAACAGGAAUAAGACUUGUUUAUAAAAGAAUGAAACAAUUAUAUACUAUAACACAUGAAUUAGCAGAAAUUUUAGGUUUUCAUUCAAUAUUACUUCAUCCUGUUAGAAGUCAUGAUUUUCAUAAUCUUGAUUUACCAACAACAUCUUUUUUUAUUGGAACAUUUAUAUAUACAAAAGAAUAUAAUUGGGCACGAACAAUUCCUAAUCGUUUACUUUACUAUCUUGGUCUUAAUACUGGAUGUUAUCCAACACCUAUCAUAAACUUUAAAAAUAGAAAUAUUACUUAUACUGAUAUAUUUCAAACAACUAUAUUAAAAGUAGCUAUUGAUUUUAAAUAUCAAAAAUAUGGUAUAUCACAAAUAUAUGGAAGUUAUGUAACUUUAACUGAUAAUAAAAUAAAUCUUUGGUUACCCAAAUAUUCUAAAGAACAAGUUAAAAAAUUAGUACAAGAUAAUAAAAGUAUGAUUAUAAUUGGAUUAGAUUUUAAUUAUCAUGCUGAUAGUCAUCUAGUUUGUCAACAACAAGAAGGUGGUUAUUUUUCAACAACUAUUUUUACAAGACCAGAACAAAAUAGAAAACAAACUGGUGCUACAUUUAUUAUAUUUGAUGGAGCAUUAAAAAAUAGUACUAGUAAAAUUAAUAGAUCAAUUGUUGAAGAUGGUGUUGUUGUAAGAUUAAAUAUGGAUUAUAUGAAUGAAUUAGCUUCGUCACUUGAAUAUGGUAGAAGUUAUGAAUUAUCUGACACCAAUUUUGAACUUUCUAUUCAUUGGUUUGAUAUGUCAGUUAAAAACGAGUAUUCUCCAUUGAAAUUUGUUGAUUCUAGAAUAUCUCCUAUUGAUUCACUUUUUAUUGGUGAUCGUUAUCAAUAUGGUCUCAAUUACACGCGUUUAAUUCGAUCCCAAAAUAUGAUUCCAUCUGCCACUGAAUGGUCUAUAAGGCUUGCCUCUAUUAUUAAUAUUGAUGAAGGAAAAAUAUGUUCAACUACUCCUUCACGUAUAUAUGAGAUAGGUGAAAUGAUUGCAGCAAGAAUAGCAUUAACAGUAGCACCAUUUAUACAAAUAUUAAUAUUUAACAACAUUAGUCGCAUAACAUUUCGUCUUAACAUUGAAUCAGAAAAUAAUGUUAAAUAUUCAACAGAGAAUUGGCCAUCUCUGGAAGAUGAAUAUGCUGUAUGGAAUUUUACAAUUGAUGAUCAAAUAGUUCCAUUUCUUUAUCAACUUGUAAAUCAUACAUCCAAUGGCCUUCAUAUUGAACUUAAUAUGCCAAUUAUCUCAACAAGACCACUUCCUUGUUUUGAUAAGGAUGAUAAAGAUAUUUAA